UUGACUCACUACUCUCUCUUCAUAACCAAAAGAGAAACCUCACUCACUCACUCUCUUCUUUCUCUCGUUCCAUUACUAAUUCCUCCACCACAAAAACGACAGCGUUCCCUAAAAAACGACACCGUUUUACUCAUAACACAAAUGCUCUUUUAACCUUUCAAACCGAAAACGACACCGUUCCAAUGGGUUGCUGUGCUAGUACAACCGGAAAAAAUGGCGACUCAUCACCUCAGAUUCCAAAUUCCGACGACCGAUCAACAGAGCCACCACCACCACCACCGGAAGAAACCGUCAAAGAAGUCCUCUCCGAAACCCCAAACCCCAAACCAAAACUCAUAGAACAAGAACAAGAACUAAAGAAGAACAACAACAACAUCCCUAAUCCCAAACCCUUACCCAUUGUUAAAUUAACAGACGAAGACAAAAUCAAGAUCCACAAAACGCCGCCGUUUUACCACGAGGAAGAAGAAGAAGAAGAGAUCUCGGUCGGAGAAGAAGAGGAGGAGAGCGAGAGCGUCUCAGCCACCACGACUCUGACCAGAGACGAAGACGACGAAGUCACCGGAGCUAGGGUUUACAGACACUCUUCGCCGUUGAAGAAUUAUCACCGAUCGUUUUCUGGAGAUUUGGGAAGAGGAGUAGUCAGAUCCAACCAGUCGCCGGGUCGAAGAAAUGGGACCGGGUUCGGGUCGGGUCGGGUCAGAGACAGCCACAACAGUCAGUGGCGUGGGCCUCCACCGCCUCCUCUGCCGCAUUACCGGAGAAGGGAAUAUUCCGGUGAAGUAUCAGCUCCACGGAGGUCGAGGUCUCCGGCAACUACCAGAUCGAACGUGGGUCGGAGCCAAUCGGCCGGAAGAGCUUGCAGAUCACCGGGUCGGGUCAAGUCGAGUCUCGUUGACCCGAGAACAAUAAGAAGAACUAAUAAUGCUAAUAAUAAUAAUACAGAUGAGUCACUUGAUAACCCAUUAGUUUCAUUGGAAUGUUUUAUAUUUCUAUGAUGAUUAUAUUUAUAUAUAUACAUAUAAUUGUGUGUGUAUAUAUAUAUGUAUGUAUGUAUGUAUGAGUUUUCCGGUGGGGAAAAACAGUUGCCGGAGUUUAGUGUGGUUUUUUUGGAUGUGGGGGUUUAAAUGUAAAUAAUUAUGAAAGUGAAGGUCAAUUUGGGAAUUCGGGAAAGAUUUGGUCAGUCUGUGAUUUCUGAAUCUGAACCCACUUUUUUCUUUUUUUCACUCUUGCCUUUCUUGCAUUGUACUUCUUCAACUUCUACUAAGAAAUUUUAUGUAGAUUUUUCUUUU